GCAGCAGAGGCACCGCCCCCCCCCUCGCGGCUGCUCUCCCCCUCAGCCCCAGACAGGGAAUUUGCUUGUUUUCUUGCCUUUCCUCCGAGGAGUUCUCUCCCUUGCUUGAUCCUCACAGCAGCCCUGCGGAGUGUGGAUGCUGUGCCAGCUGCAAAUACCCCUCCUGGUGGGUCUCAAGCCAAGCUGGAAGAAGUUAGGGUCCAGGUGUGUGUCCCACCUGAGCGGGGCCAUGAGGCUGGUCCAGUUCCAUCCUAAGGAGUCUGCGGCAGAGCCCCGGAUUGGGCUGGAGGAGAAGGAUGGAGGGGACGUGGUGGACCUGAACGCCUUUGACCCCUCUCUGCCCAGCAACAUGCGCGCCUUCUUGGAAGGAGGAGAUGCAGCCCUCGCUGUUGCUAAAAGAGCGCAGGUGUCUGCCCAGCAUGUCCUUCCCCGAUCCAAGGUGACCCUAUUGGCUCCUGUCACAAACCCAGACAAGGUGAUCUGUGUUGGGAUGAACUAUGUGGAUCAUUGCCUGGAGCAGAAUGUCAAGAUCCCCAAGGAGCCCAUAAUCUUCAGCAAGUUCAGCAGCUCCAUCGUGGGUCCCUACGACAACAUCAUCCACCCAGCAGAGAGCGAACAAGUGGACUGGGAGGUGGAGCUGGCCUUCAUCAUUGGGAAGAAAGGAAAACACAUCCAGGAGUCAGAUGCCAUGAGCCAUGUAGCUGGGUUCACCGUUGCCCAUGAUGUGAGUGCCAGAGACUGGCAGAUGCAGAAAAAUGGAAAGCAGUGGCUUCUGGGGAAGACCUUCGACACCUUCUGCCCCCUGGGACCAGCCCUGGUCACCAAGGAUUCCAUCUCAGACCCCCACAACCUGGGCAUCCGCUGUCGAGUGAAUGGGGAGCUUGUCCAGAACAGCAGCACCAGCCAGUUGAUAUUCAAGACGGAGGCACUUGUUGCAUGGGUUUCCAAGUUCGUCACCCUGUACCCAGGAGAUGUCUUCCUGACAGGGACUCCACCAGGUGUUGGAGUUUUCCAGAAGCCCCCCAUCUUUCUCAAGAGGGGAGAUGAAGUGCAGUGUGAGAUCGAUGAGUUGGGAACUAUCCGAAACAAGGUGGCAUGACGGCAUCCUGCUGCAUCCAUUCAGGUCCCCUGGCCCUGCACAGCUGCAAUGGCUCUACUUGAGUCUCCUAAUCAAAUCCAAUCACGAGAAUAGAUUAAGGGAACGGGGAUGACUCCUCCCGGGAGUCACAAGAAGACGGAGCCUGAAAAACUGGUUCAACAGCACUGCAAUUCCUGGGCACCAUCUCAAUGAAGAAACAUGAAGGUGAGCCUGAGUCUUGCCUUUCCUCUGCCAACCAGAAGUAAGAGGGAGGUCAUUCAUCAUCUCUGGUACAGAACAGGCUCAGUGGGUGGGUUUCCCCUUUGUACUACAGAACUCUUCGAUUGUUCACUCACAAUAAAGCAGCUACUAUCAAACUAA